GAGGGAGUAUUCCCGCCAAUUUGCGUUCUCUCUCACCUUUCAUAACCAUUAACCACUGUGGUAGAAACUACAAACCUAAUCGGAGACCUUAGCUACGGCAAUAGCCAUGGACGAGGAGAUCGCAGCUGAAUUCAAGAAGAAAGGAUUCAUUCUCCAAGACAAAGAAGACAUACUAGAAAAAUGCCUGACAUUUUGUAUACAAUACAAGCUCAGCGCGUCAGAUCUGGCCAUCAGCUAUGAGGUUUUCUCACUCAACAGAGGGCUAGAAUUUACCGUAAAAAGUUCAGAUAUGGGUGCAUUUCUACAGCAUUUACAAAGCGAGCAGAGAAGUGCAAUUGUCAAGACAGAACCUGGUCUGCAUUACUACUCCAACGAUAUUGUAAUGUUGUUGAAUGAUGAUUAUGAGAAUGUAAAAGAAGAUAAUAUCAGUUCUCCAACAAAUAGAGCCAUGGUUCUUGAAGGAGAGUCAUUCCAUUCAUCAGAAAAGUCAAACAGGAGCUUAUAUGGCUCUAGAAAACCUCUAGACUCAGUAACACCAUUUGGACAGAGGAAGAGCAAAUUUGUAGUGCAAAGUACCUUUAAUGAGCCACCCAUUACGGAUAACGUGAAAGUAGAACAUGAUGAUUUUGAUAAUAGUGAUGAUGAUUUCAUAAAGAGGAUGCAGCCCAUAAAAAAAUGCUCAUUGCAGAUUGAUGGUUCUCAACCUGAGCCAGGUUGUAGGUUUAUGUAUGACAGAAUUGAACAUAAGUUCAACUUUCUUGAAGAUCGUAUAAAAAAGCAUGCGAUCGCUCUCACUGCUUCUGGGCUCUUUGAAGAACCUAGAGAUCCCACAAUUGCCUCCCAGAGAAGUUUACUGGCUGUUGGCAUGAUUUGCUGUGAGGAAGAAGGACGCUUGAAGGAGAUGCCAAUUUUGCUCCAAAGUAGCGUUGAGCACUCUGGAGGACAGCGUGUGCGUCUUGACUUACAAAACUUGGAUCACUUUUCAAUCUUCCCUGGCCAGGUGAUUGGCAUUGAAGGACAUAACCCUAGUGGACACUGUCUGAUUGCAUCAAAAGUUAUUGAUCAUAUUCCUUUGUCAGCUUAUUCUGAUGAAAAUUUGCAUCCUGCAAAGAAACAAGCCAUGGAUCAGGAGCUCGAGAAAACCGACACACAUGGUGCUGUGCCAGAAUUAUCGUUGAUUGUUGCUGCCGGGCCUUUUACGACAAGUGAUAACCUAUUCUUUGAGCCUCUUACUGAGCUACUAGGAUAUGCACGUCGCAAACAGCCUCAGUUGCUUGUGCUGUUAGGACCCUUCAUUGAUUCUGAUCAUCCAGAGAUCAAGAACGGAACCACACACAAGACAUUUGAUGAAAUCUAUCAAGAUGAAAUUGUCGGAAGGUUAAAAGAUUACGUAGAAUAUAUGGGUUCUUCUGCCCAAGUGAUUCUCGUUCCAUCUAUUCGUGAUGCGCACCAUGACUUUGUUUUUCCACAGCCAGCUUUCGACAUUACUAUUGCUGAUAGUAUGCACCAGAUACAUAGCAUCUCAAACCCAGGAACAUUUUGUGCAAAUGAGGUUAAAGUUGCUUGCUGCACAGUUGAUAUCUUAAAACAACUUAGUGCAGAGGAGAUUUCACGAAAUCCCCAAGGGGGGUCCAAGCAGCGCAUGUCUACCCUUGCAAGUCACCUCUUGAACCAGCGCAGCUUCUAUCCUUUAUAUCCACCAGCUGAUGGCAUUCCUUUAGACUUCUCUAUUGCACCAGAAGCUCUCCAGAUCUCAUCAAUUCCAGACAUACUAAUUUUACCAUCAGACUUGGCUCACUUUGUGAGGGUGGUCUCUGUCAAGGGUAAGGGAGAAGGAGAAGAUCUGAAGUGCAUUUGUCUGAACCCAGGAAGGCUCGCAAGGGGUGAAGGAGGAGGGUUCUUUGUUGAUCUUAACUAUCAUGGAACUCCAGAUUCAACAAGUGCUUCAGUUAUUCGUGUGUAGGCCAGCCUUUUUGGUAAUUAAUUAAAGAAUAGGUAUGUAAAUAUUUCCAUUCCAUCCUCCAUGGCACUUAUCCUUAUCUCCACUGUACCAUGGCAGCUAGUGAUGUAUUGAGGAAGUAGAAACUUAUGACGCAUAUUGCCAAUAUGAUUAGGAGUGUGCUCAUUGAUUAUUCCUUAAUGCUGCUAAAUUUUGUAGUGUAUGGAACAAUAUGAUCUCCACUCUCCAUUUAUUUUAAUUUAUCUUUGCUGUGAUUUGUGUUGCAACGUCCAACCUUAUCUUAUGAAAUUCGUA